AGUAACGUAUUCCUUGGACUGGAUCGAUACUCUGAUAUUUAUGUAUCUUUAAAAUGUCGACACAAAGGAAUAGAAGCUUGUCAGCGGGUAAAGACGCGCCUCGAGUAUCCGCGAUCAGCGGAGAUAGCCGAUCCGAAGGAGCCGAUAGUGAGUCCGAAGAUGAACUCGAGCCUGGUAACGAAGUAAAGCCGGCGGCAGAUGUUACCAUCUAUAACUCGUAUAAUAUGGGACCGGCUUUUGGCAAGAAGUUCCCAUUGCCGUACAUUCGCUUUAUGAUGUCCCAAGUGGUCCGCGAGAAGCUGGGCAACAAGAACUACAAUCAAUCGGAAGCCUUGAAGUGGACCCGCGAUGUCGCCGACGAAAUAAACCUAAGGAUGAAGGGCCGUGGAUCCUGUCCGAGAUUCAAGCACGUGGUGAACGUAAUGCUAUAUCAGCAGACCGGAGCAGGGUGUUUCUACGGGGCCCGUGCCAUUUGGGAUGAGCUAUCCGAUGAUUAUGUGAGCUAUACCUACGAUGGUGGCAGUUUUAUUUGCAUUUCCGCCGUUUUCGGUUGCUAUCAGUAUUGAGUUAAAUAACUGAUCAAUAAAGAAAUUUUACAGUCUA